AUGAGAUGUGAUGCUGCGACGACGAACUCGACCAGUGCAGGCGGCGCGGGGGGUCCCUCACCGGGGAGCAUGCGGACCAAGACGACGCAGCCGAGCCGAGAGGUCGUCGCGGGCGCGCGCUCGCGCGCGGCGGAGGACGACGACGACGUCCCCAUCGCGAGACUCCUCGGCGGUAGUGGAGGAAAGCGCUCGAGCGACGCGAGCGCGAGCGCGAGCGCGCCGAGCAAGAAGCCGAGGCAACCGAACUACAAGGCGCCGCCGCAUCUCCCCGGCCGCGUCUGCGCGCGCGAGCGACCCGCGCCGAAGCAGCGAUGGGCGAACAUCGACCUCCGCGCCGUGGACGCGGCGACGGGAGGACGGCGAACGAUGCAGCUGCGCGCGACGCCUCGCUCGGAUCCGUCCGACGCGCGCGUGCUCUGCGUCUCCGCGUCCACGACGCUGUUCGGCUUGGAGAAAGCCUUGGGCGUGGCGUUCGACGUCUUGAAGACCGAGUACGUCGCCGUGACGCAGAACGGCGUGGGCGUGGAGGACGCGGUGUUCCAGGACGUGGACGCGCGGAACCUCCUCGGCGGGAUGCCGGGCGCGGCGGCGCCGAAGAAACAGGCGAAGCUUUUGGAUUUCCUCAACGCGCACGACUCCGCGAUCGUCUGGCGCACGCCGCUCGCGCUCGGCGCCGUGGACGUGGUCGUGGACGGGUACACGGACGUCUACCCCGGGCGGGUGAAGAAACCGCUGCCGCGGCUCGUGGCGGGCGGCGGCGCGAAAGUCACGAGGGCGUUCGCGGACGCGGCGAAUGAAAAAUUACUCGGCGGCCGCGCGGGCGGCGUGGAACGGUUCCGACGCGAGCGCGAGCGCGAGCGCGCGGGCGAGGGUGAAGGCGCGAGCGACGCGGCGGCGAGAUUUGUCGAACAAAAUUCCAUGGCGGAGUUUUACAGGAGGCAGUUCGAGCCGCUGUUCCUCGCGGACGGGAGGCCGGCGACGAAAGGGGUGCGAGGCGAGUUUGAAAUCUACGGCAAACUCGCGCCGGACGACGACGAGGACGAAGGGUAG